AUGGACACGAACGGCCUUGCUGCACCGCAUCACCAAGGCGCCAUACAGCAGCGCGCGCUAUCUGCUGUGGCAGGACAGAGAAUAUCGACAUGGUUGAUGAAGCUGCACUCUUUGGAUGCGUCCCCACUCUCCCAAUCUGACGAGCUGGAACAGCGAGAGCAUCUGCUCUCUUUUCUUCAUGCCGACCCUAUCGCUUUCCUGUCCAAAUACAUCAAGCAGAUUCCGCCGAGCUUGGCGUCCGAAUUUGCUAGCAUUCUGAAUGCUCAAGAAAGGAGUGGUAUUGUGCAGAUCAGAGAUCGAAGAAGGCGAUUCUUGAAACACCAAACACCUGAAGAGCUUAGCGUGGAAGAGAGCAGAGCCAGGUGGCCUUUGUUAUGGAAGAGGACAGUCGGUAGGGUGCAGAUGGGAGCAGCUGUGGCUGACGCAACACAUGCUGCAGUCGCGUCAGGUAGUGCCAUGCUUCCGCAUGUAG